AUGUCUGCCGAAGUCACAGGCCACUCUGGAGGCAAAGGGAGACGCCGGCCCAGCUAUUAUAGGCCGCGGGCGGCGCCUCUGAUAAGGCCUCGGGGCCAGGGUGAUCGGACCAGGCCAAGUUCACGGGUACGCGACGACUGUGCGAGUGACACUGCUGACGCUGCGUCACCCCACUGCUCUCGCUCUGGGGAUUGUGCCAUACGGCGGUGGGACCGCUGGAAGGAUUAG